CCUCGGAACCCGCAGCGAUGUGACUUGCGAGUGCACGACUCGACUGGAGUGGCAGUGAGAAAUUCGUGCGCCGCCAGAUCGAGGAAGCGUGAAUUGGAAUUUGUGUUUGUAUUCAUCCCGUCACUGGCGCUAUGGACAUUGCGUGAUCGCUUGCAGAAGAACAAUGGGCGAACCCUUCCAUCGCGCGACGAGCAUGUGGAGAUGCCGCACAGGUGAACGGCGAUCGUCCUAUAAGAAGGCAAUCAAAUCUUACCGCAGGCCGUUCCUCUUGGCCCCCUCAUCAUUGUCUUAUACCUCACACGAGACUACACUCAUCGCUUACACCCCAGCAUAGCUCAACAUGACGUACGCUGACACUCUGCCCAAGAACCCCGGCGAGGCGGCGCAGGAUAGACACUCCCACAGUCUUCCAGGUGGACAAUCGGGUCCCAACAAAGCCGGCAACACCGCCCCGUCCGGAGCGGCGAUCCUAGGCACCGAGAUUGGCGGACAAGCCGAUGCUCGUAGAGAGCGCGCUCAAGCUAUCAAGGAGGGCGACGUGCUUCCUCCAGGCACCGAAGCGCAUGCCAAUGCUGGACAAUUGGGUUUUGGAGGUUAUAGCGGUGCGGAUGCUGGCGUGCAGGAACCCUCUCGAGGUGAGAGGCAACAAUUGCAACAGGAACGCAACGAGGAAUGGAAAGGCAGCGAUGCUCCCGACCUCGGAGCCAUUGCGAGGAGCAGCGCCGCCUCGGGUGCCCACAACGCUGCCAAUCGAUCCGCCGAAGGUGAUUUCACAAUGAGCGGCAAUCGUCGUCAAGACGAACUGUUGGAUACCGUGGGACGCAGCAUAGGAACGGAAUCUGGCACUGGCGCUCAUGACGGUAGCAUCACUCGCGAUGCAGGCACCGGUCGAAUUGCUGAUCCUUGAGCGCAACGCAGCGCAGCGAGCGCAAAACAGACGGUGGUUGGCACGCACAUGUAUCGCUACAAUAUACAAGUCGCAAUCACAAACCUCGAAACACG